UUAUUUAACGUAACGUGUGCAAUCUAUAACGCGCUAUUAAUUUGGCAGUUUACAAUUGUCUGUGGAACGAUGAUAUCGCUUAUUUUCGCAAAACUAUUUCUGUGCGUUAUCGUCCGUGCGUUUACAAGGUCAAUCUGAUUAACUGUUUCUCAAUUUGCCCGCGACGUUACCCGGGAGGGCGUAACUGUGCGCGAGGAAUUUUUUCAGCCAGCGAUCCUCACGCGAACAUCUCGCCGGUGUCCGGAUUUUCUAAUCGCGGCCAUCGUCGCCGCCUGCCAUCGCCGCUGAUCAUCGGUGACCGUCGUCAGGCCAAUCGCGGACAGGUGCCAACAUGGCUGCUACUAUACUGGCUGCUCGUCCUCUCGUGACAUCGCCCUUUGUCUCGACGGCGCUCUUCUAAUCGACGACGAGUGAGGAGCAUCCCAUAAUCGGCGGAUCGAGAGAGAGACACUUUAGAUGGAACGGCGAACUUCAAUGGAACACUUCAGCUAGCAAAAAUGUCAACUCGGUCGCAGCUCACGAAGGAUUUAAACGAAUCGGUGAAAGCGCUACUUGGCAAGCAUGUGAAAAUACUAUUGAAAAACGUGGUGAAAUUAGAAACGAAGCAGGAUAAGCUGGAGAAUCGUGUUCUCGUAUUUUCGCCAUGUCGCCUCUUUCUUUUAUCGGCAAAAGUGCCCACAAGAAUCGACUGCCAUUUUCAUUACCUAGAAAUAACGGCCAUAGAGUCAAGACGAGCGAAUCAGCUAUGUUUGACUGUCGGAGAACGAUUUUACAACUUUACCACAACCGGCGUAGGCGCAGACACUACAGAAGUGGACGCUAUGAUAGAGGCCUUACACACGGCGAUUCGAAAUAUCUUUCCCACAGUACCCUUAAAUUACAUUAUACGAAAAAUAGAGGUGAUACCAGCUAGCAGAUUGCAAACUAUACGAGGCAGCGAGUUAGCUAGAAGCACAGAGGCCACAAGACACACUGGGCCAUGCGGUGGUUUUUCUACUCAGUAUGCGUGCAUGUGCGAUUUGCACAGUGUGCCGUACAGAGAAGAAGUGGCUUGGGAUGUCGACACGAUAUACCUUUCGCACGACACGAGAGAACUGAAUUUGAGAGACUUUGAUCAUUUAGAUCAGAAGGAUCUGGUGCCAAUUAUCUCGGCCUUGGAAUACAAUACUUGGUUUACAAAAUUAAGGGCGUCCCACCUCAAGUUGAGCCACGAGCCACUAGAGAGAUUGUUACAUGUUAUGCGAAGGUCUUUAUCUAUUCAAGAACUCUAUUUGGAUAAUCUCGGAAUUAAAUGGGAUUUCGCUCACAAGCUGUCGUUAGCUUUAAUUUCUAAUGCUAACACAAUGCUGCAAACGAUAGAUCUGUCGCACAAUAUGAUCGAGGACAAAGGAGCCUCUAGUUUGUGUGGGAUAAUAGCCAAGCUAAUGCAAGGUGGUACACAUCUGAGCGGUCCUAUUGGCAAGUUACCUAAAGGUUUACAAAAAUUGAACUUGGCUCAUUGCGGGUUAACCGGGAAAGGUGUAGGCCAAAUAGCGCAUGCCCUAAGCUUGAACAGAAGCAUGCCAACUAGUUUGCGAUAUCUGAAUCUCUCAGAGAAUACCUUAAAAGACGAUGUCAAUAAUUUGUGCAAUUUCUUGGCGCAACCUAAUAGUUUAACACAUCUAGAUCUUAGUGGUACGGAGACUACUUUAGAAUGUUUAUUCGGUGCGUUAUUACGAGGUUGUGCAACUAAUCUAGUCCACCUGAACGUUGCCCGGAAUUCUUUUUCGAGCAAGAAGACCAAAGAGAUACCUCCGAGUUUUAAGCAAUUCUUCACGGCGACUCUCUCAUUGAAGUACUUAAAUAUAUCUUCCUGCAAAUUACCGUUGGAGGCAUUAAAACACCUGUUACUCGGUCUGGCGUGCAACGAAAGUACAGUUGGCCUAGAGCUUGACAUGAGCGGAAACAAUUUGGGCUCUAUGGGCGCUCAUGUUUUGGAGUCAUGUAUUCACGGAGUUCGAUGUAUAGCGUCGCUGGAUAUAUCGGAUAGCAAUAUGGACGUCGAUUUGGCGCAAGUUAUAACGGCUGUCGGUAAAAACAAAUCGAUAAAACAGCUGUAUAUGGGUCGCAAUACCGCCAGUAUGAAGAGCAAGCACAUAGCCGUCGUGAUGGACGCUCUAGUGCAAAUGCUCCAGGAGGACGACUGUGUUCUCCAAGCGUUGCACUUGCCCGACUCUCGAUUGAAGGGUGAUCUCUACAAUUUGAUCAACGCUCUCGGCAGCAACACGUGUCUUCAUACUCUGGAUAUCAGUGGUAACCAAAUAGGGGAUCCUGGCGCGAGAUUGAUGGCGAAAGCGCUGCAGAUCAAUAAUCAUUUACGGACUAUUAUAUAUGAUAAGAACAACAUCACGCUGCAAGGUUACGCAGAUAUCGUUCACGCUCUAGAAAAGAAUUGUAGUGUGCGGCAUAUGCCGUUCCCGAUUUACGAUCUGCAACCGUGCAUGAAAACUUCAGCGGAGAAAACGGAGCAGUUAGCCAAGAGGAUCCAGGAUCUGCUGCAGAGAAACGUCACGCCGUGCAAGUACAGUCACGGGCAAGCGUUCAGGUUGCAGCAGGGAUUCUUAUUGAGCUCCACGCAGCAAAUGGUCGACAGACUCGUCGUUCAGACUCAGGACACCAUCAAGACACUCGCGGCGGAGAGUUGCGACGCCAAUAACGACAUUAAUUACGCAACUGGGCUUAUACAAGAUGCGGAUAAUUCUAAACAGCUAUUGCCAAGAUUACACGAGGUGCUUCAAAGACGGGAUGAGAACAAUCCAGUUGAACUCAAGUUGCACGAUAUGGCGAGUGAAAUUCAUAAAGUCGUGACAGUAUAUUUACAGGAUUCUUUGGAUGCAAUGUUGAAGUGUGCGAAUGAGCAAUGCCCCACUAUUCUUUCGCAAACAGUGAUCAGAGGCGAUGAGAGCGAACCGAUCGCAAUACAGGACGAUCUCCGCAAUACGUGCAAAGAGAGAAACCAAAUCAACAAUGAAUUCAUACACACCACCAUUACUGAGCAAGCUGGCGCAGAUAUCAUUAACAGAGUCAAUGAGCUUAACUUAGCGGUUGCGGCGCAUAUAUCUGAUAGAAUUACGGAUGAGGUAAUCGAAUCGUUGUCAAGAAGUUAUAAGACUCUGAUUGGUGAUUGCGAUAGCCGAACGAGAAGUAGUACGCCAGAUGUCUUACGACCUAGUGCCGGCUCAAUGAGUAGCGGAAGUGUAAUAGGCGUGACUAGUGCGAGCGGGUUGACUCUACCUCCUGGUAGAGCCAGCCUCGUGUCCGAGGAGGACUGCCCGCCGGAAACAUGUUCUCUGGUGAAUUCCAUUGGUCCAUGUGUCAACGAUCAAUCACCAAUGGCGACGCCACAUUUGUCGAACAAGCGUAAAAGUCUGCACGGGAGAAAAUUGAGACCUAAAUCCGUGGUGGAUUCGGUGGAGGGGCUGUCCGCCGACGAUAUUCCGGAUCUCUUGCCAUCAUUGCCGAAAAGUCAGGCGGAAGCUAUUUCGGAAACCGAGCAUUCGCUGACAGAGUCGUUAGACUCCGUCUCGGAGUUGCCCAAUACCGUCGGCCAGCAGUUGCAACAUCUGGUGAAGUCCAGGCCGCGCAGAACGAAAACAAGGGCUCCCACGAGACCGAUGCUGAGACCGGAUCAACCGAUCGAUGGUCUCGCCCUGGGCGAAGGCCUAGAUGUAUUUUUCCGACCUACUACACCGACUACACCACUGAUUUCGCCUACAAGCGAUGAUAGCUCUCUGCAUACUUUUCCGACGGAUGGCAGUCCUAAUCUGUCACUGACGAGUCAUAAGAGCAUUCCACCCGACGUGGAGAAAAAGCACAGCUGCAACUCGCCGAUGCUGAAGACGCUUUUGGAACCCACGCCACGUUCGCGGUCCAGCGAUAAUCUAGAAAAAUUCUCCCCUCUUGUCGGCAGAAGAUCUCAAGGCGAUUCUCCGUUGACCGCGUCACCGCUCGCUCGGCGAAAUACGACGGACAGUGCUCAAACCCACGAGAGAUCCAAGAGCGAAACGAAGGAGAGUUGCAAUAGCGCCGCUACAAAUGACGCGAGCGAUGAUUCCAAGCGCAGCACGCUAACAAAUCUAUCCGCCAUGAGUCCCCGUGGCUCGCGCGACAUUGACGACUGUUUCGGAGCGAGCACGUCGGACAAGGAUCAGGAGAAUCGAAAAAAUGUCAUGAAGAAAUCUACAACCGACACGGAGAAGUCGUCCGUCAAAUUACGAUCGACCGGUCACGAACUGAGAAGUCCUAUAAACGGCAGCGGCGGCAGCGGCACCAAAAGUGCAACCGAUUCGGCCAAGUCUCCCGUGUUAAAACCGUUGACGAAAAGUAGCGGAUCUAUGAACGACGGGAAAAGCAACGGCGCACUUAUGAAAAACAAGCCCACCCCGCCGGCAACAGCGCCUAAACCGCGACCGUGGAGCAUGGCCACCGAUCGGAAAUCUGGAGAAUUCAGUCUAUUAAGCGACGGCUCUAGUCCGAACACUUCGGCCGGCAAUACGCCCGAUUCCGGUGACGCUCUCGACGAGUCGACCGACAGCGGCGUCAGUGGUCCGGCUUCCUUGCCGCCGACGUUAUCGGCUAGCAGCACCGCGAGCUCGUUGAGCAACACGAGCGUCGAAAAGAGAUCUGUAAGAGAAUUAGCAGCGAGCUUGAACAAGAGCAAAGCAGACAGGAAGGAGAACGAACAUACCGCACCUGCAGCAUGGCGGUCGCUGCUUCAACGUUCUGUCGAUCGAGCAGAUGCCAAGGUAACGGAAGUACCGAAAAUGGUUGAGGAGACUCGUCUCAGCUUUAAACUUCGUCGCACGUCAUUUUUGCGCGAUUCCAAUUUCAAUUACAACAACAACGACGUGGUUGACGUUUGAUCGCGCGCUCGAACAGAUGGUCGAACAGCGUUGCGCCAGGCGUCAGAAAAGAAUGAUCGUAUCUUCCGUAUGCUGAUGCCGAUGAUCUGGCACACGAGGUAACAGUACUUUACGCGUCUUCGUGCCAUAGGAAGUCUUUAUUAUGUAUAUAAAUAUAUAUAUCGAUACCGGUUUUAACAUUAGAGACAGGGUACUGAAAGUUUUUACAGCAACUAAAAGUACUAAUCUGUUGUUGAGGUGGCAUUAGAGAGUCUUAUACUAGUUUUAUAUGAGGUUGCGUUUUUUUUUACGCGCUAUACUGUAUUUCGACUUAGCCGCGUACUCACGUAUUACCCACAUAUUUAUUGUACCUCUUACGUAACUUACUAAAACCAAUUGUUUUUAACCGCGCGUUGACUUUCCAUUAAGAUAUCGAUACUUCCAGUGAAACUAAGUCUCAUUUCUCAUUCCGUCGAAUCUUCAGAGAGCAAUGCGUUACUUUGUUACGUGAGGAUAUUAGCGAAAGUGUGUUCAUUCUUUGUAAAAGAUACGUUUUAAUGUGUGUACAUAUUUUUAUAUAUAUAUAUAUUGUUUGUCUAUGCAUUUUAACCGCGAGAAUGUCUAGAAUAGAGACAAGUCACAUCACAGUUCUAGCCAGAUAGAUUAAUCAGUUUCAUCUUGGAGAGAAUUUUAUGGAGCAAAGACAGCUGAAAUAGCAUAACACGUUGUGUAAAAAGGCGUAGGUGUCUUCCAAGAUCGUAUAAGAAACUGCAAUGAUAUUUCCUGCACGUGUGUUCUUUGCUGCAGUAGAAUGUCCAUUUUGACUUAAAUAUUUUGACUUUUUCGUCAAGCACAUGCGGCACGUGUUUUUAAUCUGUGAUUAAUUUGUAGAAAUGUUUACGCGAGAUUCAAUCUAAUCAAAGUUUCUCUCACAAUAAAUAUUUUGCCAUCUAUCUAAAAUAGGGGUCCCCAACUUACGGCUCGCAGGCCAUAUGCGGCCCCUGUAAAGGUUUUAUCUGCCAAAAAAUUUCAGCGUUAUAUGUGUAUUAAAUCAAAUUUGUAGUUUCUUAUUAUAAUUUACGAUGCAUUCUUUGCAAAUUUCUUCUCUUCCUUCUUUUUAAUUUCUUCUUUUCUCACUCAUAAGUGUGUAGUUAUGGCAUGCUUAGUAACUUUGACGAUAUACAGAAUGCUCCUUCGGCCUUCGGUUCAUUAUUAAAAUUUUCGGCCCUCUGGUAAAAAAGUUGGGAUCCCUAAUCUAAAAAAAUUUAACAGAUGAAUCUUCCUGCUUGGUAAAUCCUCCGUGAUAGCUUCAUCGUAUUAUCAGUAUAAUAAUUUAAAAGUUUAACGCUAAUCUCAAUCUAUUACUACUACGACUUUUUUUACAGGAAUUGAUGAUGUAAAAUAAGAAGCAGAUAGAUUAAUUUGAUUUUAUUGAAGUAUUUAUGUCCAUUUUAUAUUCUUUUAUUGUUAAGUAGUUUCUAAUUAAAUUUCUCAACUUUUAAUAAUCGUGAUAUUGCUUGAUUUUUUUCUUUCGUUAAAUCUCUCUCUUAAAUAUAGAACUUGAAUUUCUAUACGCAAGUACCAUCGUGUUUUUAAUAUUGUUAAUAGAAGAUAUAGAAUUCUAGAUACAUCUCGUCGUUCAAUUGAAUAAGACUAACAACGCAAAAUUAUUUAUUAAGAUCUCCUUCGUGCUGCGAAUUUUCGAAGAACAUUUUUUGUAAUAAGAAAAACGGAUAUCCUUUAUAGUGCGGACGUUAAAUCAGUAUAUAAUCUCGUAUCGAAGAUGCAUUUGUCUUUUAUAUAGCGACAAACGCGUGUACAUAUAUAUGUAAAAAAAAAAAAAGAAAACUCAUGUAUAGGUGAUUAAAGUAGCUCGUAGGAGAUUUGCGAUUCUUAUUAUCUCGAAGAGAAGCAACGUGAGAAAUGUCUUGUGAAUUUUUUACCGUUUUAGCUAUUAUCACGUAAUAUCGAUAUAUCGGUCCCUCAUACGAAGAUACAUGAGACACGUGAUCGUUGCAUUUUAUCAUGAUAUUAUUCAACAGAGAGCAUUCUUCCUCUAACGUUAAGCGAAACGAGUAUUAAAGCAUCGUGUUAAUAAAAUUUGUGUGCGUGUUUUGGGUGUGUAUGCGCGCGCGCACAUGUGCCGCAAGACAAUUGUAUUAAUUAAGCAGCGUAAAAAACGACUUGUUCAGUAUUCAACAAUUAUGCGAGAUGCGUGAGACAGCCAUAUACACAUAUACAUUGUACGGAUUCUAAGUCUUUAAGAAACUUAUAAGAGUCUUUAAACAGCCGUUGGCCCUAAAAAAGGAAAAAAGCAUACCUCUCUUAUAAUAUUAUAUAUAAAUCACGUAAAAGGACGCGUUUUCGCUGAACUUGUAUGGUCUACUAGAUAAACGUAAGGAAGUUUGUAUUAACACUUAAUCGAUUUGACUCGAGAAAUAGCUACUUACAUGUAUAAGAGCGUCUUACGAUAUUACUUUUAGGCACGAGAGUUUUUCUGAUGACUUAUUGGACUUUUCUUAGGGCAGAAUAAUAUUCCUAAUAAUGCAGUCUCGUGUACUCGACUAAAAACUUACACAUAUACACACAUCUACCGCGUACAGGUGAUUUUUUAUAUGCGAUAUACUCGAUGCGCGAUAUAUUUAUUGUUAAGGAAGCGAAUACGUAUUCGGAAUUUAUCGCGCGUAUAAAACGACUCUGCCGAUUAUUGUGCCAAACAUAUAUGCAACAAAUUACGCACAUUUUUUAUACAAUGAAAGAAA